AAUAACUCUUUAGAAACUUAUAUAUCGAGUAAAACGAUUAUUUCAUCAUAGCUUAGUUCCUCCUACUUUUUUUUAUUGCAGGAGUGCAUGUUUUCCUGCAGCCUGUGUGAUAAUACUUAUCGUUUCCGUGCCAAAUACCUGGCCAAGCGACAUAUGCUGGAGCAGCACUCCGGCUUUGCUUGGAAGUGCCAGAGAUGCAAGCUGCUAUUUAAUCGGUCAACAUCGAAGCAUCAAUGCUGCAAAGACGGGAAACUCCCCGAGAUGACCCUGGUCAGGAGGGCAGAUAUGACGAGUGGUCCAGGGGUCGAUGAUGAGUACAAUAGGUUCCUGAGGUCCACCGUCCAACUGAUUACCACUGUUGCUGGAAAACCAAACCAGUCAACUGAGAACAGAACAAUAAGCCAUCAGAAGACAGAAAAAAGGAAAAGGGAGAUCAGCAGGGAAAGUCUGGAAGUCAUAGACAGUAACAAAGUGCAGAGGAUUGAUGAUGGGAAACACGGAAAUGAAAAGAAAGAAAAGGAAGAGAGCCCACAAAAGGUGGAGGAGAGACAAGACAAGGAGAGACUAGACAAGGAGAGACAAGAAAAAGAGAGACAGGAGAGAAGGAAGAAAAAAAAGAGACUGGAAAAGGAGAGACAAGAGAAGGAAAGACAGGAAAAAGAAAGACAGGGGAAGGAGAGACAAGAGAAGGAGAGACAAGAGAAGGAGAGACAAGAGAAGGAGAGACAAGAGAAGGAAAGACAAGAGAAGGAAAGACAGGAAAAGGAGAGACAGGAGAAGGAGACACAGGAGAAGGAGAGACAGGAGAAGGAGACACAGGAGAAGGAGAGACAGGAGAAGGAGAGACAGGAGAAGGAGAGACAGGAGAAGGAGAGACAAGAGAAAGAGAGACAGGAGAAGGAGAGACAAGACAAGGAGAGACAAGAGGAAAGACAGGAGGAGAGGAAACAGCAAGAAGAAAGAAGACAGGAGAUAGAGGAGGCUGUCAUACAGGAGAAGGAGAGGGAGGAGACAAAGAAUGGGGAUAUGAAUCAGUUGGAGAUAGACGAUUUAGGCGAGAUAGAGGAGGUGACAGUUACAGAGGAACAAGUCAGUAGAGGAAGUAGUAGAAGCAGUAGUAGAGACAGUAGCGGAGACAGUAGGAGCAGAAGCAGCAGCAGAGGCUCUAGUCAUGGUAGUAGCAGAGAAAGAAGUCAUAGCAGUAGUAGUAGAACGGAGGGGGCAGUGGUAAGAGAUAGACGAAUGGAACAACUUAGAAGAUCACAGAACAAACGAAUUAUAUUAAAUGUAGGCGGGAAGAGGUUCGAGACAUCAGCGACAACUUUGGCAGAAGUUCCCAAUAGUCUUCUUCACAGAAUGGUGCAGAAGAAACUCGGAAUCAAACCGUAUUCUGUGGAGGGAGUUUAUACAUAUUUUAUCGAUCGUGAUUACUCACAUUUUAGAUUUAUCCUAAAUUAUUAUCGGAACAGGAUGAGGGUAAACAUGGAGACCCUUCCCACGGACAUCCAUUUCCUGAGAGAACUCCAGAUGGAGGCUGACUACUACCAGCUGAGUCAUCUCCAUGAUGUCCUGGACUUGAGAAUAUCUUCUCUCCUAUAGAAAUAGUAGAAAACAAAUUAUAGAUUGUAGCAAAGUAGAUUCCAGCCUCAAUAGAUUAAGAAAAUACACAAUUUUAUAUUUAUUGAAACUUUAAUUGUAGGCUUAAAUUAAUGGUUUUAUUUUUACCAGACUACUAUAUAAUUCUACAGAUCAACAAACAGAUCUUAUACUUCUGCAUUUCACAAAGUCUGUUUCUUUCUAUUUAUCUAAUUGAACAAUUACUUAAUAUAAUAUAUGGAAAUGUGAGAAUGUUAGUCUUUUCAGGAGACUUAAUAUGACAUUAGUAUUAUUGUCACUAUAUAUAUAUCAGUGAAAUAGCUUAAAACUAAUGACUAGUAA